AUGACCACUGAAAAAUUUGUUCAGCCCGUUAUUCCAUGUUUCGAUUAUCAUUACGACCAUUGGAGUAUGUUGAUAGAGAACUUUCUUAGGUCCAAAGAGUUUUGGCCAGUUGUGAGUAUUGGCGUGCAAGAGACAACCACUGGUACUGCCUUGUCGGAACCUCAGAAGACAGAGUUGGACAGUUUAAGGUUAAAAGAUCUCAAAGCGAAGAAUUACCUUUUUUCAGCGAGAGAGGAAGAUACAAAAAUAAAGGAAGAAGAAGAAGGGGUUUCAAUUUUGAUGGCAUAUACUUUCAAAGAGAAAGUUUUCACUAGUUUGUGGUAUCUCGAUACCGGCUGCAGUAAUCACAUGUAUAGGCAGAAAAAGAUAUUCUCAGAGUUGGAUGAAACUUCUCAAGAUACUGUGAGAUUUCGAGAUAAUUCAAUGAUUUCCGCCCAGGGAAAAGGGAUGGUACAAGUUUCAACCAAUAACAACUUCAGUCAUACCAUAGGUGAUGUGUUUUAUGUCCCUGCAUUGAAGACAAAUUUAUUAAGUGUCCGGCAGCUUCAAGAAAAGGGAUAUGACCUUAAUAUCAAGGGUGGAGUUUGUAAGAUACAAGAUCCUUAG